CCUUUAAAUCCCAGCCAAAUUGAAGGAAGAACUGAAAAAACGCGGUUAGAGCUCCUCCACUAGGUGAUCUCUUUUGUCAUCUCUCUCGUUCACUGUCACUCACAGUAUUCACCUCCCCACUCUCUCUCUUCACUCGUUUUCACGCUUCCCUUUCUCUCACUACCCAUUUUGCUGCUUUCUCUCUCUGUAAAACCAGUAACCUCGGCUUGUUCGACAAACCCUAACACUCCAAAUCCUUCAUUUUUCGAUUUACUCAAACGAAACCUCAAUUUCAGAGCUCAGAUCUACUCACCCAUGCUCCGUUUCCAGCUAUGAACCACUAAAACCCACACAACAAUGUCAAGUUCAGAUACUAAAAACCGGCCUAAACCGGGUCCAUGGCCGCCGGCGCCAGAAUCCGCAGCAAUGCCGCCGUCUUCUUGGGCGAAGCGCACCGGCUUCCGACCUAAGUUCUCUGGGGAGACCAAUGUCAGCAGUUCGGGUCAGAUAAAUACACCUGUCAGAACCAAAGAGCCCGAUUCUCAACCGGAUCUUGAGGUGGGUCAGGUCCGCCCAGCACCCGUGGCAAACGGCGAACCCGAAAGAGAGAAGGUUCAGCCACCGCCCGCUGAUAAGGAUCAGGCAGUGAAGCGGAGAAGAGACUCUGAUGGAGGCCCGAAGGGCGCAAAUCCGGCUGCUAAUGGCCCUACUGGGCCUAAUGGGUCGUCUGAACCAGUAAGAAGGACUGUGAGAAAUGAUGAAGUGGUGGAUGUGUUGCCACAGAACGUGGAGGAUGAUGGGUUUGUGGGAAGACACUCUCAUAUGAAGUAUGAGCUUAGAGAUACCCCUGGUCUUGUUCCUAUUGGUCUCUACGGAUUCCAGCAUUAUAUUUCGAUGUUGGGUUCCUUGGUUCUGAUUCCCCUUGUCAUUGUUCCGGCAAUGGGAGGUUCUUAUGAGGAUGCUUCAAACGUGGUAUCGACUGUGCUCUUUGUGUCGGGAAUCACCACAUUAUUGCAUACAUCUUUUGGAUCAAGGUUGCCUUUGAUACAAGGUCCUUCAUUUGUUUACCUGGCUCCAGCAUUGGCAAUAAUUAACUCUCAAGAGUUUCAAGGACUGAAUGGAAAUAAUUUCAAGCAUAUUAUGAAGGAGUUGCAGGGGGCUAUUAUUAUAGCUUCAGCUUUUCAGGCAAUACUUGGAUAUAGUGGACUGAUGUCUGUGCUUCUGAGGUUGAUUAAUCCAGUAGUUGUUGCUCCAACUAUUGCUGCUGUUGGACUUUCUUUCUACAGCUAUGGCUUCACACUUGUUGGAACCUGUCUUGAGAUUGGUGUAGUGCAGAUACUACUGGUUAUUCUUUUCUCUCUUAAAACAUGUUUCGAGAUGAAGCACUGUCGAGUUGAUACUUCUCACGCAUUGCGAUCAUCUCCAUGGUUUAGAUUCCCAUAUCCACUACAAUGGGGAAUUCCUGUCUUCAACUGGAAAAUGGCUCUUGUUAUGUGUGUGGCAUCCAUAAUAUCUUCAGUGGAUUCGGUUGGCUCCUACCAUGCGUCGUCAUUGCUGGUGGCUUCCAGACCUCCAACGCCAGGUGUUGUUAGUCGAGCAAUUGGUCUUGAAGGUCUGUGCAGUGUCUUGGCUGGUCUCUGGGGUACAGGGACUGGGUCCACAAGUCUGACAGAAAAUGUACAUACUAUUGCUGUGACUAAAAUGGGAAGCCGCAGAGCCAUUGAAUUGGGUGGAAUUAUCUUGGUAGUAUUAUCUCUUGUAGGUAAAGUUGGAGGGUUUAUUGCGUCCGUACCUGAGGUCAUGAUUGCGGCUCUUCUUUGCUUCAUGUGGGCAAUGCUUACAGCACUGGGUUUAUCAAAUCUACGUUACAGCGAGGCUGGGAGCUCCCGAAAUAUCAUUAUUGUUGGGUUGUCUUUGUUUUUCUCCCUUUCAGUGCCAGCUUACUUCCAGCAAUAUGGCAUAUCUCCAAAUUCCAAUUUGUCUGUGCCAAGUUAUUUUCAGCCCUAUAUUGUGGCCUCUCACGGUCCUUUCCAAACUAAAUAUAAAGGGGUGAACUAUGUCAUGAAUACAUUGCUUUCAUUGCACAUGGUGAUUGCAUUCCUUGUUGCUGUGAUCUUGGAUAAUACUGUACCGGGCAGCCAACAAGAACGUGGAGUGUAUGUAUGGUCUGAGCGAGAGGCUGCAAGGAGGGAGCCUGGUAUUGCCAAAGAUUAUGAAUUGCCGUUCAGGGCUGGUCGCAUUUUCAGAUGGGUUAAAUGGGUUGGUCUUUGAGGAAUAUUUGGUAUUCCAUUGAUGUCGUCUCUUGGAUGUUACGGAACAUUCUGCAAUCUCUGGAGUGAACAUCUUGCAAUUAUCUUAUCUUACAGUGUGUAUAAUCAUUAGGGUCUGUAACAUGUAAAGCUGGAACUGAAUUUGAACUUCACCA